AAAGCCAGGUUUCUGUUGCUUGUAGCUCACAAAAGGGAUUUUUCACAAAGAGGAGGUGCACUGACGAUGCGGACGUCUAUUGCACUGUUGGUGCUGCUGGCAGUAGCUUCACACACUGUGGCAAAGCCCAAAAACCGUUUCACUCGUUAUCCAUCAUGGAACACUAAGAUGUAUCCGGUCUGGAAAGACGGAGAUGCGCGAUACAAAGAAGCCUGGAAAGGUGGAAGAGUGAGCUUCAAUGUAGGGAACGAUUCACCAACUCUGACUGGAGCCAAAGUUACCUUCACCAUUGACUUGGAGUUCCCACACAACCAAAGGGUGCAGCCUGACGGAGACGUUGUUUGGGCUGAAGACUGCAUCAUCAAUGGAACAAAAUACCGUGAGUCUGAACCAGUAUACCCAGCACAGAACACAGACUGGGAAGCUGUUUUUCCUGACGGGACACCAUUUAAGAAGGAUAAGAAACCGGCCUAUGUGUUUGUCUGGAAGACCUGGGGUCAGUACUGGCAGGUGGCAGACGGCCCCUCCUCCUCUCUGACCAUCGCUACAGACGACAUCCCACUGGGCUCCUACAACAUGGACAUCGUCAUCUACCACUACCGCAGCAAAGAGAAGUUCAUUCCUCUGGGAUACGCCUCCACUCAGUUCUCCAUCACUGAUCAGAUUCCCUUCGCCGUCUCCCUGGACCAAGUGAACGACAUCGUGGCCGGGGACAUGCGCUUCGUCCAGAACCGGGCGAUCGCCUUCACCAUCACCCUCCACGACCCGAGCGAGUACCUUAGCAACGCCGACAUCACCUUCAACUGGGACUUUGGGGACGAAAGCGGAGCCCUCAUCUCCAGGGAGCUGACUGUCACUCACACCUACAUCAGCUGUGGCUCAUUCAAGCCUCAGGUGGUGAUCCAGGCGGUCAUCCCGGAUAAGGCCUGCGAUCCACCGGUCGAUACAACAACCAAGGCCCCUGGUCCACCCUCUGAUCAGGGCACCACAGUGAAGGCUCCUGCACUGGCCUCUGCUCUCCCUCUACUGGUUUCCACCAAGGCAACUAGUCUGACUGUCAACAUGGUGCCAUCGGACACAGAGGAGGACAACGCUGAGUAUGAGACCUCCACUGCCUCCAGCACCACCCAGGAAACACCCACAGUGGCCAAGACUCCCUCUCCCAUCAACCAGGACAUGGCUGCUGACAGUGAUGCAGAGAACAGGCUCACAGCAGGUGCAAAGCGAACAGUGACACUGACAGGCCAGGCUACGGUGGUAGUAGUUGCUAAGAGGGAUGCUGGUGAUAAACCUGAUGAUGACUGCGUGAUUUACCGAUACGGCUCCUUCUGCACCGGCAUCGAAGUGUUUGAGGGAAUUGAAAAAGUAGAGAUAACACAAAUGGACAAUGCCGUGAUGGAGACACCAGGAAUGGACAAAAAUGUUUUGGAUAUCACCGUUACCUGCCAGGGAAGCCAUCCUAAAGAGGUGUGCAGCGUGAUUCUGGACGCCGAGUGCUUGAGGCCGAUUCACACGGCGUGUAACAUGGUGGAACCCUCAAAGGAGUGCCAGCUGGUGUUGCGUCACUUCUUCAACAACUCUGGUGUUUACUGCAUCAAUGUGUCCAUGGCCAAUGAUGUCAGUUUAGCCGCCACCAGCGCCAAAUUCAACCUCGUGAUGGGUUCUGGUGUUUCUUCCUCUGGUACUAUCGCCAUGUUGUUGGGUGUCCUGGUUCUUGUUCUAGCUGUAGGAAUAGUGGCAUAUUCCUACAAGCGCUUCAAGUCCUACCGACGUCUGAAGGAAGAGAUGAUUGCGUCUGGAGGCCAGCAGCUCGGCGGCCGGGCUCAGAGCUUCUGGAACCUCCUGAACAGACGAGCAGCUGUCGACAACUGCCCUCUGCUGCAGGACAGGCCGGUGUGAACUGUCACCAACCGUACACAACCAAAUACAAAACCAAGCAGCAUCUGAUUUGCAGGCACCUGGAAUGUCUUUUUAUACAUUUUUUUUUACAUAUUUUCUAACAUGACAAACUUUGUGACUGUGUAACAUUUAAGUCUAAAUCAAAAAUUAUCUGAAAUUAAACUCUAGACAUACUCUGAUCUUUUGUACUGCUGCUUUAAUUUGGACAAAACUAAUUUUGAAUGUUUUUCCAAUAAACUUUGCUCA